AUGGAGACAAACUGCAGCAGAAACAGCAGCAACCCGCUGCUCUCUGACUCAGAUGAUGACUCUCCCCCUCAGCAUGCUGACAAGCAGCAGCAGCAGCAGCAGCAGCAGCAGCAACAGCAGCAGCAGCAGCAGCAGCAGCAGAAACUUGGGGGCCCGCCAAAGAAGAGCCGUAUAGACACCUCAGGGGACUCAAAGGCAACGGGGGUGCUGCGGGUCUGUGCCUCAGCCUGCAGCAGCAGCAGCAGCAGCAGCAGCAGCAAAAGCAGCAGCAACAGCAACGGCCCGGCUUGUGCUGCUGCUUCCGGGGUGGAAGGCAACACCGCAACAGCAGCGACAGCAGCAGCAACCCCAGCAGCAACCCCAGCAGCAGCAGCAGCAGCAGCAGCAGCAACAGCAGCAGCAGCAGCAGCAGCAGAAGUGAAGUGUACAGGGCCAAGAGUAGCUGAUGGGGCCCUGGUGGUGCUGAGAGACUUCGCGGGGAGACUAAGCCUCGCUAAAGCCAGAAGAAAUACCGAGCAGCAGGAGGCCCCCUCCCCCUUCUCCUUCGAUGAGUGUCUCCUCGUGGGGGCCCCCUACUGCAGCACGUUCUCCUGGGGGGGCAGCUGCUGGCUGCGGACGCAGAGACACCCCAGCAUGCCUGAGGGUUUGGUGGAGCAGCAGAGCCAAGAGCUAGAAGGAGACAAUAGAAUGAUCGUAGACAGCGGCGAGGCGCAGCGGCUGAGUGCUGGGGAGAUUGAGAGGCUGAAGGGGGGUAAUUAA